CGCUAAGUCUUUACACAGGAGAAACCCUGACAACUAGCGUGCAGACAACGAAAGAUGUUAGCUAUUGCUGUGACGCUCGCACUCUUUGCGACCCAAUCUGUCGCUGUACGGGAUGACCAGGAUGUGCAUCCGAGGAAGCGAGAUCUUGCGGCGGAUUUGACUGGUCGUACAGUCAGACUUCAAGGAGGCAACAGCACCUACGGACGUGUGGAGGUUUUUCACGACGGUGUUUGGGGCACAGUCUGUGACGACCAGUUUGACGUGGAUGACGGAAAAGUUGUGUGUCGGCAACUGGGCUUGUCGGGUGUCGUACAAGUCUACCAUCAAGCAACGUUCGGCGAAGGGACAGGACCGAUUUGGCUGGACAACGUGGACUGCAAAGGUGACGAACUGAGGAUCGAGUCCUGCGGUCACAACGGUUGGAACGUCACCGACUGUAAACAUGAGGAGGACGCUGGAGUGGCAUGCCAAGAUUCUCCGACCGAGCUCCAGCUGCUGGAGUUGAUGAAUGAACAGGCGUUCCACAUCAUUCAGCAGUCCAAGUUCAUCAAGCAGCGACAACAGACCAUCGAUCAGCUUCAACAAACAUUGGAAUCUCUGAGGAAUGCAGUUCAACCAGUACAACUGUAUGACAACAUCCAACAGACUGAAAUCGGACAGCUGUCGCAGGAGUUCGACGGAAACAUGCUGCAGCUGUCGGAUCUAAAAGAAGUGUCAACCGUUUCAAUUCGCCUGGCGGGAGCUGACUCGAACGAACUCCAGGGUCGCGUGGAGGUGUUCUACGACGGGCAAUGGGGGACGAUAUGUGACGAUAGCUGGGGGAUUGAAGAAGCCAACGUAGUCUGUCGCCAGCUUGGUUUCCCGCAAGCUAAGGAGGCGACCACAAGUGCAUCGUCUAGAGACGCUGGGAACGGUACCAUCUGGCUGGAUGACGUGAACUGCCUCGGGAACGAGACGUCGCUGUCCCAGUGCGCUCAUAGGGACUGGGGGGACCACAACUGUAAACAUGAGGAGGACGCAGGAGUCGUCUGCUACGACUGGAAAGCUGGCUUCUCAGCAAGUCUCAGCAGCAGGAUUGGCACGUCAGAGACCGACAUCAUCUUCAACGUCAUCGACGCCAACAUUGGCGACCACUAUGACCAGACCACCGGGACGUUCAGGGCUCCGCUCGACGGAUAUUACAUGUUUUUCUUCAAUGGUUACUCAUACUCUACUAAUGAAAUGUACAUUGAUCUCAUGAUAAAUGACUCAGUGUAUAAGGAUCAAUGGGUGUACGAUAACGGCAGUGGUCGCGAUAGCUAUGACGCUGCUAGUAACAGCAUCAUUUUACGCCUCAAUAUGGGGGACGAAGUUAAACUUAGGCUGCAUAGUGGCUACUACCUGAACGGUGGUGUUCAAACUUCGUUCUCUGGAUUUCUGUUGUCUGCCGUUUAGGCCCAAUCUUCUUGAGGACGUUUAAGAUCGAAGAUGCUAUGUACAUUUGUGUUCAUGAAAAUGGCAUCUGACAUAUGUCCCGGAAAGUAAACCAUUGCAAGAUUUCUG